CAUUUCAAAGAGCGCGUGAGCGGCAGCAAAUAACCAAUCAUAGUUCGUGAAGGGAAUUCGUUCCAAAACAGGCUUGCAGUGGAUUUAUCGCAUAUUUGGCAACCUCUGCGCUCGGGCCGCAGUUCGUAUCUGCCGUAUGUGUGUACGAAGUCCCAGUUCUGCUUAGGCUGUUCCGCCUGAUUCCUCUGAUGCACAUUCUGUUCUAAUCUACAUGAUGGAUUCCCAGCAGAUCACUUCUGUUACAGAUGACUGAGAAGCUUGAAGGUCCUUUUUGAAUCAUCAUGAAUCUGUGUAGGCUUUUACAUUUGGCAUAUGUCCUUUUAACGUUGGCACUAUUAUGCAUACUGAUUACCCAGUUGUAUCUAUACCAAGAAUCCAAUGUAAGCGUGCCAUCACCUCCGGAGUUUCAAGUAUUGGCCAGAGAUCUAUUCAACAGGAACUUUUCAAAAACUGUCAAUUCAAGUGAAUUACCAAACCACUCCACUGUUUCUGAAAGGGAGUGUGGUUUUUCCGUGGAAAAGCGGUUUGAUUGUGCCCGUGAUCGAGCCGUCAGUCAGACGGAGUGUGAGAAACGAGGCUGCUGCUACUCGCCACUACCGCAGUCUGAGUACAAUGGACCACCGUGGUGCUUCUACCCUGCAUCGUUUCCUGGAUACAAAAUGGGACCGCUUUCUCCCUCACCUAGGGGCCAGUCGUCCAUCCUCACUCGCGUCACUCCUUCUUACCUGCCCGGAGACAUCUCCACUCUCCAGCUGGAAGUGAUGGAGGAGGAAGCAGGCCGCUUACACCUUACUCUGAGGGAUCCCUCAUCACCUCGAUAUGAAGUUCCCUUUGUUGCAAUGCCGUCCAGCAAACAUUUAGGCGCACAAGGCUUGCUGUACGAUGUGGAGUUUCAGCCAGACCCAUUCGGCUUUUCGGUCAGUCGCAGAUCCAAUGGGCGAGUUCUACUCAACACCAGUGUAGCACCGCUCCUGUUUGCAGACCAGUACCUGCAGCUCUCCACCUCUCUGGCAUCUACUUCCAUCUCUGGAUUCGGGGAGCACUACACGCACCUGACGCUGGAUCUCAACUGGACCUCUGUCACCAUGUGGAACAGAGAUAUGGCACCGCAUAGCGAUGUCAACCUUUACGGCUCCCAUCCGUUCUGCUUAGUUCAGGAGGAGGAUGGCCAGGCUCAUGGCAUCUUCUUUCUUAACAGCAAUGCCAUGGAAGUAGCACUGCAGCCGAUGCCAGCGCUGACCUGGGUGACCAUUGGCGGAAUUUUGGACAUUUACAUCUUUUUAGGCCCUGACCCACAGAGUGUUGUUCGACAGUACCACGAGGUUAUUGGUUAUCCCAUGAUGCCACCCUAUUGGUCCUUGGGGUUCCACCUCUGCCGCUGGGGCUACACCUCCACCAAUGUGACCAGAGGCGUGGUGCAGAAGAUGCGGCACGCACGAUUUCCCCUCGACGUGCAGUGGAAUGAUCUUGAUUACGCGGACAAGAAACGAGUCUUCACAUUCGACCCAGAGCGGUUUGGAGACUUGCCUGAGAUGGUGCGAGAGUUCCAUGAGCAGGGAAUGAAGUAUGUGCUCAUUUUGGAUCCAGGCAUCAGUACUACGAGUCCUCCUGGUUCAUACAAACCAUUCGAUGUCGGAGAGCAGCGGGGAGUUUUCAUCAAAAACCUAACUGGACAAACGCUCAUCGGGAAGGUAUGGCCUGGUCCAACAGCAUUCCCAGACUUCACUAAUCCAGAGACAGUAAGUUGGUGGGAAGAGUGCAUCAGAGACUUCCAUGCCAACGUGUCACUCGAUGGCCUCUGGAUAGAUAUGAAUGAACCUGCUAGUUUUGUACAGGGCUCAGUGCACGGAUGCCCAGACUCUGUCCUAGAGACUCCACCUUAUACGCCAGAUGUUAUAGGAGGACGGUUAAACUCAGGCACUCUGUGUAUGACCGGUCAGCAAGCACUGUCUUCUCAUUACAACCUGCACAACCUGUAUGGGCUGACUGAGGCUAUCGCCACCUACAGUGCGUUGCUGAAAGCGAGACGUUCUCGGCCAUUCGUACUGUCUCGUUCCUCUUUCCCAGGACUAGGCCGUUUCUCAGGACACUGGACAGGAGAUGUCUAUAGUGACUGGGAGCAACUGCGAUUCUCUGUCCCUGCUGUGCUGCUGUUCGGGCUGUAUGGAGUUCCUCUGGUUGGGGCGGAUGUGUGCGGGUUUGAAGGCGACACUAACGAGGAGCUGUGCGUGCGCUGGACUCAGCUGGGUGCCUUCUAUCCAUUCAUGAGGAACCACAAUGACAGACCUAAUGCGCCCCAAGAGCCUUACGUAUUUGGACAGCAAGCCCAGGCAGCCAUGAGGAACGUGACAAUGCUGAGAUACUCCCUUCUGCCGUUCCUGUACACACUUUUCCACCAUGCACACACAACAGCCAGCACUGUAGCAAGACCCCUGUUCAUGGAGUUCCCAUCUGAUCCGAACUGUCUGACAAUAGAUCGUCAGUUCCUGUGGGGGAGUUCUCUGCUCAUCAGUCCAGUCCUAGAAGAGGGACUUGUGGAUUUGGCAGCUUAUCUCCCCCCUGCGAUGUGGUACAGUUUCCACAAUGGACAACCUUAUAACAGCAAGGGUCAGUACCUGCUUCUGCCAGCUCCACUAGAUACCAUGAAUGUCCAUGUGAGAGGAGGGUAUAUUAUUCCACAACAGGUGCCUGCAUUGACGACCUCAGCCUCACGCAGAAACCCCUUCCUCCUGACGGUGGCGCUCUGCUCACAGGGCCAGGCUGAAGGGGAACUGUUCUGGGAUGAUGGCGACAGCCUGGGCACAUUCGAGCAAGGAGAUUACUCAUAUAUUAUUUUUACGGCAGGACAGCCACACAGUUUCCUAUGAAUAACUCAGGCAUCUACCUUAAGGGGGGAACGAGUGAGAAACAGGUGCAGAUGAUCAUCAAUAAUUAGUAUACUGUUGAAGCAGAAUGCAGAUGGGCUGGAAGAGAUGAAAUGAGGUUGCUCCUGAAGUUGAUACCAAUUUUUAAAUUUGUAAACAUCGCAGUAAAACUCACUCACACACCCAUCGUCUGUACCGCUUUAUCCUGUGUUCAGGGUCGCGGGGACCUGGAGUCUAUUCCAGGAGACUUAGGGCACAAGGCCAAUCCAUCACAGGGCACACACACAUACACACUCAUUUACACACUACAGGCAAUUUGGGAACGCCAAUUAGCCUAAUCCUUCCUGUGAGAGGAAACCGGAGUACCCGGAGGAAACCCACAAAGCACCGGGAGAACAUGCAAAGUCCAUGCACACAGAGAUGGGAAUCGAGUCUGACCGGGAAUCGAACCCGGAGAGGUGCAAGAUGACAGUGCUAACCACUACACCACCGUGCCACCUUCAUUUUAUUUGAAGAAAUGAGAGGUGGCUCAAGACUUUCACACAACUCCAACUUCUUUCAAACCCCAGAGGAGUUUUUCACUCCAUAUUGUGAAAACUCGGCCGUGUUUUAGGGCAGUUGGGCAAAUGCUUUUUCUGUAACUCUCUUAGUGUCCUGACCUGAUGUGUACAGUAGAAGGUAUCAGAAACUUCUACACCUUCUACACAUCAGGUCUGGACACUAAGGGAGUUACGGAAAAAGCAUUUGGCCACAUUUUCCUUAUUAAGUGUACACACUUUCGACUUACACAUAAAACAAAUUAAAGAUGUGUAACGAUUUUGAACAAGGUAACUCAACCUGUGUAUUUAGAGAAAUAACUGGACAAAAAAACAAAUGAAAGGAAAGUAUAUCUCUUUGGUUUGUUCUCACUUUCUUACAUUUGCUGGACCUAGACUAUUUUAUUAUUUAAUCACAAAUAGAUGUGGUUACUCAUGGCUAUUUAUAAGAGCAGUAAAUUGUUUCUUUAUGACUUUACCUGCCCCCUAGUCCCAGCUCGUGGGCAAGCCAUUAAAACUGAAUGGAGCUCUGGAUGGUUUAGUCGUGGGAGAGGUGCGUGUGUUCGGAGUUCUAACACCUCCUACAGGAGUGUGGGCUAACGGGCAACCAGUAAAGGAUUUCUCCUACAUCACAGACA